AGAAAUAUAGCAAGCUGUCGAGUUAUUGAUCAUUUCCCUCUAGCGACGGACUGUGCAUUAUUGGGAAUAGACGGCUCUCAUUUUGUUUUACUUUUUUCAUUAUUAUUAUCUAAAAUAAAAGGAAUUAAUACACAAAAAACACUUUAAACAAUGGCCAACGUAACGGAUAUUGAAGAGAUAGUUAAGACAUGGGCCUGGAAUAGUUUUGUCAAAACACGAGGCAAAGAUUAUCAGAAACUGAAAUUUGACGAAGUUAAGAUGGAGGUCAACUGGUCAAGGGUGCGCUUCAAUCCGUCACCACCGGAAUACUCGGACACCAGUAUGGUCGAUCAGCCGAAUUCUAAAAUUGUUUUCACGUCGACAUUUGAGAACAAUACAGACGCCGAACAAGAGCAUUCCUUUACAACAGAACGCACAACAUCCUGCACUUCAACGACAUCCAUCUCCAAAGGGUAUACGCAAGGUUUUAAUCUGGAAUUAAAACUGGGUCUUCCAGAUGAUGUAGCAAGUGCCACAGCUGGAUUUGGACGAGAAACAACAGUCGAAAGCACUGAAGAAACAACUAAAGAGCAGACAAUAACAUGGGCAGUUGACAGUAACAUUAAGGUUCCACCAAGACACAAAACAACUGCUAAGAUGGUAGUGAAGGAGAAGGAAUUUAACGGAAAGUUCAAAUUGAAAGUUAACGUACGUGGAAUGGUAAUAGUAACAUUCACAAAUUUAAAGGAAAACAACUGUUACAUUCAUUCGUCUGAAGGAGAUAUAUCACAAAUUCUCAACGAUGCCAAAGGAUAUACGGGCUACAAGAUUGAGGGUAAAACUGCUAUCUUUGACAUUGAAGGAAGUUCCAAAUUCCGAUUCGGAGUUGAACAAAGAGUGAAAAUAGACGAAGAACCAUUGUAAUGUCUCUUCAGAUGUGCCAUAUGAACUUCUACAAAUGUAAGGACCAUAUUAAUGUGAUAUAAUAAAAAGGUGAUACAUAGUGCCUGUAGUGAUCUUAUUUAUCAUAAUCAAAGUCACUGAAAUCGUGAAUUUCAUGAAAAAUAUGAAACGUCACCGAAAAUAUAUAAGUGUGUUGCACAAAAUUUUACAAAUAACCAGAUUAUUUACUUAGAAGUGCGUUUUUUAUAGAUUAUUUAUGAAAAUAAGUGAAACAUAGGACCUGUAGUGAUCGGAUUUUAAUUCAUAUAUUUACCAUAAUCAAGGUAACUGAACUCAUGAAUUUCAUGAAAAAUAUGACACAUCAUCUCAAAUAUCAAAGUGUGUUGCAAAAAUUUUACAAAUAACCAGAUUAUUUACUUAGAAAUGCGUUUUUUUUGUAGAUUACUUUUAUUUGGUUUUCUUCAUUUUAGUUCUCUAUUCGUUUACAUGUCUGCUUAUAAAAUUGUUGCUGUGCAAUUUGAGGAUUUCUUGCAAGAAAUAGCUCUUCUCUCUUUGAUGACACAAAGAUUAAACUUACAUUUAUCAUUUUUAUAUUAUUUUUGUACAUGUAUUAUUUACAGAAAUGUUGCACUUUACAUUUCUUGACAAACAAAAUCAGUGAUAUUGUUAAACAGUAUAUACACUUUUAUUUUGAUUUUGUAAAUAAAUUUCAUAUUGCUAA